GGGGGACGAUUUGGUAACUCGAUGACAAGUCGAGGUACCUUCGGUGUACUUUUUCCCCCUACCGAUCCACUUCCGCAGCCCCAACCCACGAGGCCUGCGCCGUCGCCCGCGACCCCCCACCCCACACUCCCUGACUGCGCCGAUCUCCUCGUCCCCGAUCUGGUCGGCGUUGCCUCUCCUCCUCCGGACCUCCGGUGGCUGACGCCAGGAUAUCGGAACCUGCCGCCCUCGUCAUCCUCCUCCCCGACCGCUGAUUGGAGUUCCCGAUCCGCCCCUCCCGCCGUUUGCCCUCUCGGGUCCUCCACCUUCCUCUUGGAAAAAAAUGGGGGCUCACCCGGCCUAGCGUUCGUUUCAUGGAUGCGAACCGAGGUGCAUCCGCCAUGGCCCCGGAGUGGUGCCGGAUAUGGUGGCCACAGCGGCGGCUGCAGCCCGAGCCGCUUCCCGCGCCCCAAAGGUUCGUCCUGUUCGGAUGGCUCUUCGCCCGCACGGACUCCGUUGAUGUUGUGGUCGGGGCGGCUCUCCCGCAGGAGGAAAUCUUGCGGUCCUUCCCCACCCCAGAAGCACUCCAGCUUGGGUGUUUCUCAUGUUUUGAUACCAGCCACCGUUGCUUGGUUACUGCAAUCUUCCCGUUGGAGUACUAUAAAAAUCACAUUCUUCAUAAUUAUGAGUAUAAUAUAUCUAGGGAAACUCAUCUUUAAUUGCUUACUCAUAACUUCUGAUGAGAGAACCGCUGGAUGAGAUAAGACUGUCAUCCUUUCCUCAAAUACAAGGAUGCCAGCAAGGCUACAAGAAUGUGCGGCAUUCACCAUUCUGGGGGAUUGUAUGCAUCUUCCAAGAGAAUUUGAAGUAUGCUGUAGUAAACAACAUCAUCAGCCAUUGGGGACUCAAUCUGUUCAAAAAGGGCAUUUUUAUAUGACCCAGAACAGUCCUGUUGUAUCGAGUGGAUCAUUGGAAAGUGGAGCCCAAGACCAAAGCGGCUACAGUAGCAAAUGGGAAUAUGAUUGUAGCAUCUUAGAUGGUCUUCUGGAUGCUUGCAAGAAGUCAGUAGUCAAAGAGCACAACAGGGUGCACUUGUGCUUUAAGUCUAGCAAGAGCUUGAAAUGCAAUCUGAAUCAAGUCCCUGUGCUUCAUUAUUUGUGCCUUGAUGACCAGAAGUUUGAGACUAGUCAUUGCCACGUCGUACUAUAUGAUGUUCCAACUGCUUGUGGAAACCAUUUUUCCCUGGGUGAGGAUGCACCUUGCAGAUCAAAGUCUUCCUUCAGAAAGCCAAAUUGGAUAAAUAAUCUAGAAUGCAAACGAUUAGAAUUUGAUUUGGAUCCAAUUAUUUUGGGACUUAAUUGUUCAAAUGCUGCUAGACUAUCAGUUGCUCAGGAAGCUGCUACCAGUAAUUCUGUGGCUCGCUUUCUCUUUGCAUCUGUGGUUUUUGCGAUAGUUCAAGUAACAUGGCACUCCGUGGGAAUACUUUUGGCUUCAAUAUCGACUAUCGUCUACAUCUUCAUUCAAGUGUUCCAAAAAUAUUUAAGCAAUAUAUAUCAGUACUUCAUGUUACAAAAGGUUUUUGGGCAUUCAUGGAAAAACAUGCAUCUCCGUUGCUGCCAUAUUCUCUACUGGCCAAUUAUCCUGCAAGAUAGAUCCCUAAGCUCUACUGUGAAUGUUGAAUAUGCACAUAAAGCAGCAAUUCAGAAGCAUAUGUUGUGGUCAAAUAUUGUGAUGGAUCUCUUGACUGGUUUAUUCCUUGGAGUAGUGCUAUUGUUGAAAACAGAGAUAAUUUGUUCUUGGACCUUUGCUCUUGUUCACUACAUGACCGAUAGUGUUUUGAGAUCUGGCUGUGUGUGGCUGAUGGGUGUUCCAGCAGGCUUUAAGCUGAAUACAGAGUUGGCAGAGCUUUUAGGCAUGAUUUCACUUAAUGCAAUUCAGAUAUAUUCAACUCUUUGGUCAAUUGUGGGAGGCUUCCUAAGGCACAUAAUUUGGGGUCUUGCAUUUUCUGGGAUCCUUCUUGGUUUAACAGUUCCUGUUUCAUUCUUCAUAGAUGUUAUCCAGCUUGCAACAUUGCAUGUUACCCUGCUUCAGUGGUUGAUCUCCUUGAUAUAUUCAAGACAGAUUCAGACAGUGGCAUCAUUAUGGCGUCUUUUCAGAGGCCGCAAAUGGAAUCCUCUUAGGCAGAGAUUAGAUAGCUAUGACUAUACAGUUGAACAACAUGUAGUUGGUUCACUGUUGUUUACACCAGUCCUGGUUCUCCUACCCACAACCUCUAUAUUCUACAUAUUCUUUUCUAUGUUGAGUACUGCAGUUAUCUGUCUCUGCAUACUUCUGGAAAUCACAGUAUCUAUAAUUCACUCUACUCCUUAUGCUGAGUUAAUUAUGUGGGUGGCAAGGAGGCAAAGAUUUCCUACUGGAUUAUUCUUCCAUCCUGUGAUGUGGUCAUCUGUAUCUGCUGUUGAUGGUGAUGGCCUCUUAUCAACCAAAGGUUAUAGGAAAACGGAGCAUCUUGUCCUUGGCAAGUCAGAACCUUUAGUGUCAGAACUUUGCUGUAACUAUGCCACCUUCGGGCACAUAAUCAGACCGCAUUACCGGAAAAUUUUCAACGGGGUUGCUUUAUCAUUCUGCAAACAGUUGGCGUAUGGAAUCCUUAGCGGUGAAAGGGUACCAACGACGCUGCACCUGCAGUUUUCACUGUUCCCUUGGAUGCAUCUUGGCAUUCGACACUAUUGGUUGCUGUGCCGUGAUUCUGUCCUUUCAUGCGCACCAAAGAGGUGAUUCUGUCCUUUCAUGCGCACCGAAGAGGUUACAGUAGUUUCUACCGUACUGAUAUAAUUUUUUUUGACAGUAGUACUGAUAUAAUUUUUAAGAAAGCUUGUUUUACUUGCGACAUGUCAUGGUGCACCACUACUUAGUUGUGGUUAUUGUAAUGUGGUUAUUGAAAUACUAUUCACUCAUAGUCAUAGUUAUUACAUUUGCUGUCCUUUUUCGGUA